CGUGAGAACGUGCCCACUGUCCUCUCGGGUCCUCGCGUCCGGCCAUGGCUUCACAGGCCAGCGCAGCCCUGGGCGCGAACGCCGGUGCCCGCAGGAAGACCCGCCUGGCGGCGUCAUUGCAGAUCAGCCCCGGGCCCAGCCCCAGGAGGCCUUCGGCCAGCCUGGGCCAAGACCCCUGGGAGAUCGUGCCCGCUCCCAACUCAGACGACGCCGAGCAGGGCAGGCAGCUCCAGGCCUCGGCGACGGGGCAUGGUGGGCCCGGGGUGGGGGCCCGUGUCUGGGAACUGGGGGCAGCCCGGGCACAGGAAGACUCGAGGGGAAGGAUGCGGAGGUCCCACAGGGUCUCCUUUCCGUCCGCCGGGCCCGCCGGGGAAUUCCCGACGGCGGCCAGACAGCUGGGCCUACAGAUCAAAGACCCGCCACCGGGCCAGGCCGUGGCCUUGCUUACUCAGUGCGCGGCCACUCUGGGAGUCUCCCUGAUCUUCCGAGAGAACCAAACAGCAGACCCCUGCUUGCCCUUCUCCAUGUCCGUGGAGCUGGAUGGGGUGGUCUGCCCUGCGGGCACCGCCUACAGUAGGGCAGAGGCCGAACAGCAGGCAGCGCUGGCUGCCCUCCACUACAUCCAGCAUCGGCUGGAGAGCCCAGAGACCCCAAAGACCCCCAGCUGGCCUCCACUCGCCCCCCUGAGCAUUGAGAACAUCCUGACCCACGAGCAGCGCUGCGCGGCCGUGGUCAGCGCCGGCUUUGACCGCCUGGUGGAUGCGAGCUCGCAGUACUGGGCCUGCAAGGGGACUGUGGCCGCAGUCAUCCUGGAGAGAGAGGUCCCGGGCGCCCAGGGCCACGCCAAGGAGAUCUACCAGCUGGUGGCGCUGGGCACCGGCAGUGGCAGCUGUGCCGGGUGGCUGGACUUCUCGGGCCGACAGCUCCACGACUGCCACGGGCUGGUGGUGGCCCGCCGGGCCCUGCUGAGGUUCCUGUUUCGGCAGCUCUUGCUGGCCACGCAGGGGGGCCCCAAGGGCAAGGAGCAGUCUGUGGUGGUCCCCCAGCCGGGGUCCGGGCCCCCCUUCGCCCUCAAGCCCCGGAUCUUCCUGCACCUGUACGUCAGCAACACCCCCAAGGGAGCUGCCCACGACAUCUACUGCCACCUCCGCCUGCAGGCCCACAUCCAGGGGCGGCUGAUGCCCGUGUGCUAUGUGGCCCCUGCGCUCCGCGACACCCACGUGGGCUGCCUCUCAGCCAGCGACAAGUUGGCACGCUGGGCCGUGCUGGGGCUGGGCGGUGCACUGCUGGCCCACUUCCUGCCCCCCGUCUAUGCCAGCAGCCUGGUCCUGGCCGACCCCUGCCAGAACACCCCGGCCCUGGGCAGGGCCAUCCACGCCCGGCCUGACCUCGACGGCGCCUUGGGGCCAUGCCUGCCGCCCCCCUACACCCGGACCAUGCUGCACCUGUUUGCGGGGCCCUCGGUGGCCCCCUCCGACCUCCCCUCCAACACCUGCCAGGGCCUGAGCCUCAACUGGAGCCUGGGGGACCCUGACGUCGAGGUGGUGGAUGUGGCCACCGGGCGUGUGAAGGCCGACGCUGCCCUGGGGCCUCCAUCCCGCCUCUGCAAGGCUGCCUUUCUCUGGGCCUUCCGCCAGGCUGCCCGUGCUCUCGGGAAGUCCCACCUCCUGGCCUUGAAGACCUACGAGGCAGCCAAGGCUGGGCCCUACCAGGAGGCUCGCCAGCAGCUGUCUCUCCUCCUGGACCAGCAGGGCCUGGGGGCCUGGCCCUCGAAACCACUGGUGGGCAAGUUCAGAAACUGAAACAGACGUCCGGCCCGAGGUCCCUGAGCCCAGGCGGAGCUUGCUGGAGGAGGGCCGUUUCUGGGCGGGGGCACGGGGCGGGGGA